AACAGUUACUCUUAAGAGUUCAUCCUAAAUCGAAAAUAACUGUUCUUUCAAGCAAUUUGUUCAUCAAUCUCAAACUACUUAAAUUUAAAAUUUAUUUUGAUUCAUUAAUUAAUAUUAUUAAACUGUAUUAAAGAGGAAAUGGUUCAACAUCAUAGUCUUUUUGACCCAAAGGAUGAAAGAGAAGCUUGUGGUGUUGGAUUUAUUGUUAAUAUUCAUGGUGAACCAUCUCAUAAGCUUCUUCUCGAUGCCCAAACCAUCAGUAAACGUAUGGAGCAUCGCGGUGCAUGCUCCUGCGAUAAUCUCACCGGUGAUGGUGCUGGAUGCUUAGCAUCAAUACCUCAUGGGCUGUAUGCUCGAGUUUUAAAAGAAGAACAUGGCAUUGAACUUCCACCUCUUGGUAAAUAUUACACUGGUCUCAUCUUUAUCGGUGCAUCUUCUAGUCCUCAGAGUGAACAAAGAUUUAACGAAUUGGCUGAAAGCCUUGGAUUUAAGGUUAUUUGCUGCAGAGAUGUGCCAACAGAUAAUAGCUGCUUAGGUGAAGUAGCUAAAAAGUCAGAACCUCUGGUCAAACAGGUAUUCCUAAUUUCUACCAAAUCAGAUUCUGGGGAUGAUGAUGAAGCAACUGAUAGAAGGAUUUAUCUUCUCCUCAAAUGGUCUGGUCGUGUAUUAAUAGAGGAAGGUUUGGACUUCUACAUUUGCUCACUUUCUCGUCGCACAAUCGUCUAUAAAGGACAGUUCACACCACCCCAAUUAUGGAAAUAUUACAAAGAUCUUUCAGAUCCUCAAUUCAUGUCUUACCUUUGCUUGGUUCAUGCUCGUUUUUCAACCAAUACUUACCCCAAUUGGGCUCGAGCUCAUCCUUUAAGGCUAUUGGCGCACAAUGGUGAGAUUAAUACCCUUCGAGGAAAUGUAAAUUUAAUGCGAGCCCGAGAAGGUGUGAUGAGAAACGCUCAAUAUGGUAAGGAUCUAAAUAAACUUUAUCCUGUUGUGGAACCUGGUGUUUCUGAUUCUGGGUCCUUUGACAAUGUUCUCCAGUUUCUGGUUAUGGCUGGUAAUAGAAGUCUACCCGAAGCGAUCAUGACAAUGGCUCCUGAAGCCUGGCAAAAUGAUGAUCUCAUGAAUAUGGAUAAGAAAACAUUUUAUCGUUGGUCAGCAUGUACACUGGAGCCAUGGGAUGGACCAGCUUUGUUAACCUUCACUGAUGGGCGUUACAUUGGAGCGAUUCUUGAUCGUAAUGGUCUUCGACCAUCCCGUUAUUAUGUCACCAAUGAUGGAUUUGUCAUAAUGGCUUCAGAAGUUGGUGUUCUUGAUAUUCCCCCGGAGAGAAUUGCUGCCAAGAGUCGUCUACGACCUGGUAGGAUGCUUCUAGUUGAUACUCACGAUAAAAUUCUAGUCAAAGAUGAAGAAAUCAAACUGAGCAUUGCCAAUGCACGACCUCUCUCUAACUGGCUUCAAGAAAUGUUUACAUUGCAAGAUUUAAGGAAAGCAGCAAUGUCGGAAAAUCAAGGACCUGAUGCAACUAUCAGGCGUCGAGCUGUUUUCUUGGAUGGCUUAGCUCGUGGCGAUUCACUUGUUGGCAGAGCUCAAGUACUUCAAGAUAGACGUUUAGCUCUCUUUGGAUACACAACUGAAACUCUUAACUUACUAGUACUACCAAUGGUUAAAACUCAAAAGGAAGCACUUGGUUCCAUGGGAAACGAUGCUCCAUUAGCUUGUCUUUCAUUAUGUCAGCCUUUGUUGUAUGACUAUUUCAAACAACUUUUCGCCCAAGUCACUAAUCCUCCUAUUGACCCAUUCCGUGAAAAGGUUGUCAUGUCCUUGGCGUGUCCAGUUGGACCAGAGUCUAACCUACUUGAACCCAGUGCUGUCCAGUGCCGUAGACUGUGGCUUGAACAACCUAUUCUUUCUAUUCAUGAUAUGGAAAUUAUCAAAGAAACUACUUACAAAGGUUGGCAUUGUAAGACAAUUGACUGCAUCUAUCCUGUUUCUGAGGGUAAAUCAGGUCUUCUGAAAGCAAUAAACUCUAUAUGCGAUGAAGCAUGUCUUGCUGCUAGAAAUGGCUAUGCGAUUAUCGUACUAUCUGAUCGUCGUGCUGAUGCCGAUUUUGUACCUGUUAGUACGCUACUUUGCUUAGGUGCUGUUCAUCAUCAUUUGAUUAAUGAGAGACAGCGAAUGAAGGUCGGUUUGUUCCUUGAAACUGGCGAGGCUCGGGAAGUUCAUCAUAUGACUGUCUUAUUGGGUUACGGUGCUGACGCUAUCUGUCCUUAUCUUGUUUUUGAGACAAUGGCCACUCUUCGAGAAGAGAGGCUAUUAUCCUUGUCUGAUUCUCAAAUCUUUGAAAACUAUGUUGCCGCCAUGGAACGUGGUAUUGCCAAAGUGAUGGCAAAAAUGGGCAUUUCUACAUUACAAAGUUAUAAAGGAGCACAAAUCUUUGAAGCUCUAGGUAUAGCUGAAGAAGUAAUAGAUAAAUGUUUCAAGAAUACACCGUCAAGAAUUGGUGGAGUUAAUUUUGACGUACUUGCCGAGGAGGCGAUGGAACGUCAUAAUAUUGCAUUCUCACCAUCAUACACUGCAGAUUCAUUGAUUCUCAGGAAUCCUGGUUUUUACCAUUGGCGAAGUGGAGGUGAGAAACAUAUUAACGAUCCUCUGGCUAUUGCGAAUCUCCAAGAUGCAGCACGAGCAAAUUCAAGACAAGCCUAUAAGACUUUUGUUCAAUGGACACAAGAAGCAGUUCGAGGCUGUACCCUUCGAGGUCAAUUAUCACUUGUUUACACUGAUAAAUCUAUUCCCUUGGAUGAAGUUGAACCUGCCAGUGAGAUUGUCAAACGCUUUUGCACUGGUGCUAUGAGCUUUGGAUCUAUUUCGCUUGAAGCUCAUCAAACUUUGGCUAUUGCCAUGAACCGUGUGGGAGGUAAAUCAAACACAGGUGAAGGAGGAGAAGAUGCUGACCGUUGGAUAAUCAAAGAUCUCAAUAAUAAUCGACGAAGUGCAAUUAAACAAGUUGCUUCUGGUCGAUUUGGUGUUACUGCUGCUUAUCUGGCUGCAGCUGAUGAGCUCCAAAUCAAAAUGGCUCAAGGAGCUAAACCAGGAGAAGGAGGAGAACUUCCAGGUCACAAAGUGUCCAAAGAAAUUGCAGCCACUCGUCAUUCAGUUCCAGGGGUUGGUUUAAUCAGUCCUCCUCCACAUCAUGAUAUUUAUUCAAUUGAAGACUUGGCCGAGCUUAUUUAUGAUCUUAAAUGCUCCAAUCCUGAUGCUCGAAUCUCUGUUAAACUUGUCUCUGAGACGGGAGUUGGAAUCGUUGCUGCCGGUGUGGCGAAAGGAAAAGCAGAGCAUAUUACAAUCUCAGGGCAUGAUGGAGGAACUGGUGCCAGCUCAUGGACUGGAAUCAAAGGCGCCGGUCUUCCUUGGGAACUUGGAAUCUCGGAAACUCAUCAAGUUCUUGUUGCUAAUGAUUUACGAUCUCGUGUUGUUUUACAAGCUGAUGGUCAAAUAAGAACAGCUUUUGAUGUUCUUGUUGGGGGCUUGUUGGGAGCCGAUGAAUUUGGCUUCUCAACAGCUCCUCUUAUUGUUCUUGGCUGUACAAUGAUGCGAAAAUGUCAUUUAAAUACUUGUCCAGUCGGUGUUGCUACCCAAGAUCCUGUGUUGAGGAAAAAAUUUGAAGGAAAACCUGAACAUUUAGUCAACUAUUUAUUCUUACUUGCAGAAGAAAUACGAGAAGAAAUGGCUAAACUAGGUGUUCGAAAGUUUAGUGAUCUUAUUGGUAGAACAGAAUUGUUACGAUUUACUCCUGACCCUAAAAAUCCUAAAGCCCAAUUGCUCGAUUUUAGAACAAUCCUUUGUAAUGCUCUUGAUCUACGGGCGGGCACCAAUAUUCGGGGCGGUAGUUUGAAACAAGAUUUCGAGCUUGAAAAACGUUUAGAUAAUUAUCUCAUUGAAAAUUGUAAAUCUAUUCUAGAUGGUUCAUCAACAGAGCCUCGAAAAUUUAAUAUACCAAUUGCCAAUCAAGACCGAUCCUUUGGAUCAACGUUGAGUUAUCAUAUAGCAAGAAGAUUUGGUGAAGCAGGAUUAGGAAAACAAAUGAUUUAUGUGAAAAUCAAUGGAUCGGCAGGUCAAAGUUUCGGUGCUUUCUUAGCUCGUGGGGUUACCCUUGAACUUGAGGGUGAUGCCAAUGAUUAUGUUGGUAAAGGUUUAUCUGGUGGCGAGAUAAUUGUGCGACCAACUGAAAAAUUACCUGAAACCUUUAAAUCCGAGGAAAAUAUUCUAGUCGGUAAUGUUUGUCUUUACGGUGCAACCAGUGGUAAAGCUUUUUUCCGUGGUAUAGCUGCUGAAAGAUUUUGUGUUCGUAAUUCGGGUGCAAUUGCUGUGGUUGAAGGUGUUGGUGAUCAUGGAUGUGAGUACAUGACUGGAGGUCAGGUUAUUAUUUUAGGUGGUGUGGGUCGCAAUUUUGCUGCCGGAAUGUCCGGUGGAAUUGCUUAUGUAUACGAUGUUGACGCCAAACUUGAAGGUAAAUGUAAUAUGGAAAUGGUUGAUCUGUUCCAGUUGGAAGAUAAAGAGGAUGUCGAUUUUGUAUACAACCUAUUAACCGAGUUCGUCCAGAAAACCAAUUCAGCUAUUGCACAGCGUAUUUUGGAUUCUUGGACAUCAGAAAAAAACAAUUUUAUCAAAGUUUUCCCGAAAGAGUAUCAACGAGCUUUGGAGAAUCUUAAGAAAGAGGAAAGUGAGAAAAUUAAAAUUGAAGAGAAGCCAAAGGAAGAGAAAAAGAUUGAUGAUAUUGAAGAUUCUAUCGUUGAUAAUGGUAAAUUGGACAAAUUAAGAGGUUUCAUGAAAUACAAAAGACUGCGAGGUUAUUAUCGUGAAACAAGUAAACGAUCAAAAGAUUGGAAUGAAGUAUUUGACUUUAAUUAUAUAAGAGAAAAUGUUCAAACCCAGGCUUCACGAUGCAUGGAGUGUGGUGUACCCUUUUGUCAAUCAUCUCAGGGAUGUCCUCUUGGAAAUAUAAUACCUAAAUGGAAUGAUUUAGUCUACCAGAAUGAUUGGCAAGAAGCAAUUAAUCAGCUUCUACAAACCAACAAUUUCCCUGAAUUCACUGGUAGAGUUUGUCCAGCUCCGUGUGAAGGAGCCUGUGUUUUGGGUAUUAAUACUCCUGCUGUGGCAAUCAAAAGUAUUGAAGUGUCUAUAAUUGAAAAAGCAUUUGAAAUGGGUUGGAUGAAACCAAUGCCUCCGUUGACGCGAACCGGCAAGAAAUGUGCUAUAAUUGGCAGUGGACCUGCAGGAUUAUCUUGUGCUCAUCAGUUGAAUAAAGUUGGACACACAGUUACUGUAUAUGAGAGAAAUGACCGUGUCGGUGGACUCUUGCAAUAUGGUAUACCGACCAUGAAAUUGAGUAAGAAAAUUGUUCAACGACGAAUUGAUUUGCUAACUGCUGAAGGUAUCAAUUUCAAAACCAAUUGUGAUAUCGGAAAAACAAUCAAUGUAAAAGACUUAAUCGAUCAAUAUGAUGCUGUCUGUGUUGCCACGGGAGCCACUUGGCCUCGAGAUUUGAAUAUUCCUGGACGGGAGCUUAAUGGCAUUUACUUUGCCAUGACUUACUUGGAAACUUGGCAAAAACAACAAAUGCCUGGCAUUCUUAAUGGCACCAAUGGUCCUCUGCCUAAGCCUACAAUAAGCGCUGAAGGUAAGAAUGUGAUUGUUGUUGGCGGUGGUGACACAGGGUGUGAUUGUAUUGGAACAGCUCUUCGACAAGGUGCUAAAAAUGUAAUCGCAUUUGAAAUUUUGCCUCAACCUCCUGAUACUCGCGGAGCAGACAAUCCAUGGCCACAAUGGCCACGAAUAUUCCGAGUCGAGUAUGGUCAUGAAGAAGUUAAACUUCGAACCGGUAAAGAUCCAAGAUUGUACCAAAUCUCAAGCAAAGAGUUCCUUGAUGAUGGUGCAGGCAACGUUAAAGGAAUCCGAGCAGUGUCCAUAGAAUGGGUCAAAGACGAUAAAGGAGCUUGGAAAAUGUCUGAAGUUCCUGGUUCAGAACAAGUAUUUGAAGCUGAUCUCGUUCUUUUGGCCAUGGGUUUCCUUGGACCUGAAUCGUAUCUAAUUGAACAAGCCAAGCUUGAGAAAGACGCUCGAUCCAAUAUUGUUACUCAUACCGAUGGGUAUCAGACGAAAGUGUUAGACAAAGUAUUUGCUUGUGGUGACUGUCGUCGAGGACAAUCUUUAGUGGUUCAUGCAAUCAACGAAGGACGACAAGCAGCUCGUGAGAUGGACGCAUAUCUGAACGCAGGACACUCUGGACUUUCUGGACCAGGAGGCGUAGUGCCGUUCCCACCUUAUGUUGCCAAGAUUCAAGCCUAAAAAAGACGAGAAUUGAAAGAUCAACAUAAUUCCAGAAAACACUGAAAGAAAACAAUCAAAAUGAACCAAAAAAUCCUAAAUUGUAUUAUCCUUAAAUAAGCAAUAAUAAGUUUUCCAGAAAGCGACUUUUAAUGUGGUUUGCCUUAAAACGUGAAAAAAACUAAUCAAAUAAUUCUUUCAACAAAAGCAGUUAAACAGCUCUUGAAUUAAUUUCUAAGCGAUUAUUUUGGUUCUUUUAAUUGUUUUAAUUUAUCUCUUUUUAAUUGGCACCAGCCAGCGAAAACCGAAAGAGUAAAGAUUCCUUCCAACAACCAAAGUGAUUUCUCUCUCUCCUUUUGUUUGCAUUUCAUGGCUUUCAAUCAUCUUGUCUGUGUCUUAAUCUUGAUUGCUUGUAAAAUUGUCUCAUGUUAACUGUAUUUAAACUCACCUAAAUGUAAAGUAAUUUAAUCGAAUUAAUUGUUAGCUAAUUCGAUUCAUUUGGUAUCUUUUACCAUCCAAUGUUUUUUUGUGCUCGAAUUAAUUGCAGUGAUUCAACAAAGUGAAGAGUUACUUAAAACAAAAAAUACAUAUUUCAAUUGGUGAUACCAACAUUUAAUCUAGAGUAAGGCCAAUUAAAUAAUUCUAAUGAUAAAAUCAAAUAUAUUUAUAUUAGUUGAAUUGUGAUUAGUGUUUAACUGAUUGCAUUUGAUUUGAAUAAAUCAUGUAUUAUUUUGUUUUCCUCAUUUAUAAUUAUCAUUAACUUUCAAUCUAUUGUUUUUGGAUUGCUUUUACAAUAAAGUUUACCUUUA